CGGUCAACAUCUGCAAAAUACUUUUGAAAACAGGAGCAUUGUUAGCAAAGAUGCGUCGCUCAAGGAACAAGGUUCGUGUUGUGUUUAUGUGCUAUUUGCUAGCGUUGGCCCAGAGCCUGGAUUCAGAACCCAAAUGUUCGCGGUUCGACUACGAGGAGAGGCUUUUGGAGAAGAUGGUCCGACUGGAGUGGCAGUUCGAACGGCUCCAGGAGGAGUGGCGGGAGUCACGGUCCGCCAUGGUGGACGGGCGGGCGAAGGUAGAAAUUGCGCUGCAGGGGCACCUAGAACGCCUCGUGGACGCGGAGGAGAUGGCGCGAGUCAGUGUGUCUGUGAGCGAGAGGAGGAUUGAGGAAGUGAUACUUAAUGUUACUGAAACAGCGAACAAGGCACUUCUCAAACUGGAUGAGAAUAUUGGCGCCGGCUACACGCCUUCUUCAGGAAAGUUCACGUCUCCAACUUCCGGUUUGUACAUGUUUACAAUCCAGCUUUGUGUUGAGAAGGAUAGCAGUAUGUAUUUUGAGCUUAUCAAAGGUGGCACAGACCGCCUCCAGAUGUCACGAAUCUACAAUGCCGGCUCGAGCCAGUGUAACACGGCAGACGCCUUUGUCAUGUUGGCAAUGAACGAAACGGUUGCCGUCCAGGCUACAUCGAGCUACUCCAUUAAUAUUCAGACUGACGACUCAAUAUUCUGGAACACGUUCGCGGGAGUUCUUCUGCAUCAGAGUUAGACAUAAUUGUUAUUAGUCUCGAUCUGACAGUUUAUCAUGAGAUUACAGUGACGUAGCUAGCCCUCUUUUCAUGUGUAUUCACAACUGUGCUAGGAUUGUCCGGGGGCAUGCACCCUCGGAAAAUUUUGAAAACCAUGGUGCAAUCUGGUGCGCUCUGGGCGAUCUCAGGUGCUUUAUUUAGUACAGGAAAAUGGAAAGUUUUAGGAUCAUGAAGUCACUGCAACUUUGGCUGAUUUGUCUUGUCAGAAUCAUGUGGAUUAAGCCGCGUAGUCGCGUAUAGGCAGCUACGCGCCUGGAUUACUAUAUCAUCGGAAUUUCAGAACCAAUACAUGAAGUAUAGUAGUGAAGUUAGUAAUGUGUACUUGAAUUGCUAGUAGCACUAUUUCUUAACUGGAUCUUACUUGCUUAUAUCGACUAUCAUGAUAACCUUGUGAUUAUCUAUCUACUUGCUAUUAUACAUGUUUCGAACUUAUUAUAUUAUCAAAAUAAA